AUGCUGCUCAUAUUUAGAAAAAGCCUUGCUGUACUAGGUAUUAAUCAACUAGGUACAUUUAUUUUUAGUAAAAACAAUCAUUCCACUAUGAUGAAAAUUUAAGGUUUCAUGACAACUUCACAAUGUUUCAAGACUAGCACAAAUGAAAGUACAAAUA